UCUGGUAUACUUCUCCACGUCAUUCAGUUUCCUUUCUUUCCCAGAAAAGAAGCAAACAACUUAGAACGAGUAUAAGAAGACGAAUCAUUGUGAUCUUAACCAGUGAUUGAAUUAGCAUGGAGGACGAAUCAGGAAACGAAGGAGACGGACACACGAUGAGCGAUUCACCGCUUGCUCGAUGGCGAAUCGAAUUCUCGAAAUCGUUUCAGAACCACCUCGACAGAUCGGCUCCACACCUCGUUCGAAGAUGGAUAGUGACUUUAAUCGCCGCCGUGAUCUACAUCUACAGAGUUUACUACGCUUACGGAUUCUUCGUCGUCUCCUAUGGUCUCGCGACGUACAUCUUAAACCUCUUGAUCGGCUUCCUCUCUCCCAAAGUCGAUCCAGAGCUCGAAGCCUUGGAUCCUGCUUCUGCUUCUGCUUCUUCUGAGUCCAGUAAAGAUUCUGAUGAGUUUAAGCCUUUUGUUCGUCGUCUUCCUGAGUUCAAGUUCUGGUACGCAGCUACUAAAGCUUUUGUUGUAGCGUUUGUGAUGACCUUCUUCUCCUUCUUGGAUGUGCCUGUGUUCUGGCCCAUCUUGCUCUGCUACUGGUUGUUUCUCUAUUUUCUCACCAUGAAACGACAAAUCGUGCACAUGAUCAAGUACAGAUACCUUCCUUUCGAUUUUAGAAAGAAGAGGUAUGGUGGAAAUGAUAGGCCUAGUAGCAGCAAUUCACUUCAAGGAGGUCAAACUACGGCUCAGACGUAAAGCGUAGACCAG